GGUCACCGACCAUAAGCAGCCUUAUGCUUUGUAUUUGUGCUCGUUUCCGGUGUGAUGCUCGGAGGACAGUUUGUUUUGUAACAGCAGCAUCACAUGCUUUUAUUGUGGAGGGUUUUUAUUGUGUUUUUGUAUCUGAUACUCUCACACACAGCAGCUCUGGGGUCUCUGCAGUAUUUGUUGGCCGGUUGCAGUAUUUCUGUUAUAUUUGUCUUACUGACUGGCUUGUGUUUGUCUUGUAGUACAUCGUCAUCACAGUACUGCGUCUAGUAACGACUUUAUUGAGAUAUAAUUGUUUUACAGUGUGUCUGCUUGUUGUGUUUUUAAAGUGUCGCUGUGUACCUGCAGUAUUUAUACUGUAAGUACACUCACAGACCCGUGUUUUACUGCAUGAUAAGUACCACAGUAUGUCUAUAAUAUUCCUCUCAUUUUUACUGUCAUGUACAACUCUCUGUUUGCAGUAAGAGUAUUAUAUUCCUUAUGAAGUACUGCAGAAAUACAUACCUGUUACAUUUUGGAGUAUUAAUACCAUAACUCUGCAGUUUUACAUGUUUUUUCAUAUCAAGAUGAAAAUGCUGGUUGUGAAUUUAUUUGAGUCUGGAGACGAAGAAUUUGUCUCAGCAGUUUGUCUCUUUCUGUCUUUCGUCGUCGUGUCUCCGUGACAUCCAAACAGACUUUUAUUUUGCUGUGUCGCUGGCAGAGCUUCCUGUUGGAGAGUCGGGGGUCAGAGGUCACAUGUUGUCUGAUAGAAGAUGAGAGAACAUGACGGUGGACGCGGCGAGCCGGAGUCUCUCCAGUCGUCCUGCAGCGCUGCUCCGGGGUCAGAGGUCAGACUGCAGCAGGAGCUCCAGAAUGUAUUGGAUCUGUGUGAGGACAGAUCUGCUGGUUGCCACGGUGAAGAGCUGGAGGAGGGCGGGGCUAAAGAUGGAGAGAAAGACAGGUGUGAUCAUCCAGUUGACAUCGCAGGUCUUUUCUCCUUCAUGACGUUUCAUUGGCUCACUCCUCUGGUCGUACACGCCCGCAGGAAGGGACAGCUCCUAUUGGACGACAUCUGGCCCGUGUCACCGCGGGAAGGUUGUCAUGCCAACAGCCUAAGGUUGGCGUCUCUGUGGGAGGACGAGCAGAGGUCAAAGGGCAGCGAUGCGUCCUUGUGUCUGGCGGUUUGGUCUUUCUGUCGGACUCGCCUGCUCCUCUCCAUCCUCUGUCUCGCCGUGACGCAGCUGGCAGGAUUCAGUGGUCCGGCGUUUGUGGUGAAGCGUCUGCUGGAGUACACCCAGCAGGAGGAGGCAGAUCUGGGCUACGGGCUGCUGCUGGUGCUGGGCCUCCUGACCACAGAGCUGGUUCGGUCCUGGUCUCUGGCUCUGACCUGGGCUCUGAACUACAGGACAGGAACCAGGCUGAGAGGGGCCAUCCUCAGCCUGGCCUUCCGCAAGAUCCUGAAGCUUCGCAGCGUCCGGGACAAGUCCGUGGGACAGUUGGUGAACAUGUGUUCCAGUGACGGUCAGAGGAUAUUUGAGGCCGCAGUCGUGGGCAGUCUGUUAGCAGGGGGCCCCCUGGUGGCCGUGCUCGGCGUCGCCUACAACCUGUUUGUGUUGGGGCCGACGUCUCUGCUGGGAUCGGCUGUCUUCAUCCUCUUCUACCCCACCAUGAUGUUCAGCUCCAGACUGACGGCGUAUUUCAGGAGAAAGGGCGUGGCCGUCACCGACAGGCGAGUGCAGAAGAUGAACGAGAUCCUCAGCUACAUCAAGUUCAUCAAAAUGUACGCCUGGGUCAAAGCCUUCGCCCAGGACGUCCGCAGAAUCCGUGAUGAGGAGCGAGGGAUCUUGGAGCUGACAGGUUACUUCCAGAGCAUCACUGUGGGCGUGGCUCCCAUAGUCGUCGUCAUCGCCAGCGUGGCAACAUUCUCCACCCACAUGUUGCUAGGAUACGACCUGACAGCAGCCCAGGCCUUCACUGUGGUGACGGUGUUUAAUGCUAUGACCUUUGCCCUGAAGGUCACUCCGUUCUCCGUCAAGUCUCUGUCUGAAGCUUCAGUGGCCAUGGACAGAUUCAAGAGUCUCUUCCUGUUGCCGGAGGUCGAGAGCGUCCGUGCGUCACCUGGCGAUCCCCACGUCGCCGUGGAGAUGUGUGGCGCUAGUCUAGCGUGGGAGGGGGGCGGACAGAGCGCUCAGCCCAGCCCAUGUGUCCGGACAUCCAGCAGACGUCGGCAGCACAGGGCCAAGCGUGAAGACACAGCGGUUCUCCAGGAGGACGAGGAGGAGGAGGAGGAGCAGGGGAAGUUGGUGACCGGUUCCCUGCUGAGGGUGGGAGGAGACGUAGCCUGUAGUCAAGAGGAGGAAGACGGGGAGGAGGAGGAGGCCUGUCCUCCCCUCCUGCCUGUCCCCCCUGUCUGCCAAAGACUUCAGAGCACCCUGAACUGUAUCAACCUGAGUGUUCAGCAGGGGAAGCUGGUUGGUGUCUGUGGAAGUGUAGGCAGUGGAAAAACCUCCCUGAUCUCCGCCAUCUUAGGACAGAUGACUGUGCUGGAGGGCAGCGUGGCUGUCAGGGGACGGCUGGCCUACGUGGCUCAGCAGGCCUGGGUCCUGAACGCAACACUGAGAGACAACAUCCUGUUUGGACAGGAGUACCAGGAGGACAGGUAUCAGUCCGUGCUGAGUGCCUGCUGCCUCAGACCAGAUCUUGCCCUUCUGCCCAAUGCUGACCUUACAGAGAUCGGUGAGCGCGGCGCCAACCUGAGCGGCGGGCAGCGCCAGCGAAUCAGCUUGGCCCGUGCCCUCUACAGUGACCGGGACGUUUACAUCCUGGAUGACCCGCUCAGCGCUCUCGACGCCCACGUUGCCAACCACAUCUUUCGCAACGCCAUCAGGAAGCAGCUUCGCCACAAGACCGUCAUCUUCGUCACCCACCAGCUGCAGUACUUGGUGGACUGUGAUGAUGUCAUCCUGAUGAGGGAAGGUAGUAUAGUGGAGCACGGUAACCAUGACAACCUGAUGAAACUGAACAGAGACUACGCGACCAUGUUCAACCACUUCCAGCUGGGGGACACUCCUUUCGUGGAGGCUCCCAGCAGGAAGAAAGGCAGCUCCCAGAGGAAAUCAGCAGACAUUAAACCAGGAUCAGUGAAGAAGAACGCACCUGUCGUCAAGGAUAACGGGGAGGAGCAGCCGUGUGGGGGUGUGGCCUGGCCCGUGUUCCGCCUCUAUAUGGCAGCGUGUGGUGGCUCCGCCUCCUGCCUGGUGAUCCUGGUUCUGUUCGUUCUCAAUGUGGGGAGCUCCGCCUUCUGCCAAUGGUGGCUCAGCUACUGGAUCAACCAGGGCAGCGGGAACACCACGGUAACCCAGGGCAACAGCUCGGCGGUGAGCUCCAGCAUUAGGGACAAUCCCAUGAUGCAGCACUACGCCGCUGUCUACGCUUCCUCCAUGGGAAUCAUGCUGCUGUUCAAAGUGCUCAGAGGCAUCGCCUUCGUCAAGGGGACUCUGCGUGCCUCCUCUAAGCUGCAUGACCAGCUCUUCCACAAGAUCCUCCGCUGCCCCAUGAAGUUCUUUGACACCACGCCCACAGCACGAAUCCUCAACCGCUUCUCCAAGGACAUGGACGAAGUCGACACUCGUCUGCCCUUCCAGGCUGAGAUGUUCAUCCAGAACGUGAUCCUGGUCUUCUUCUGCCUCGGUGUCAUCAGCUGUGUUUUCCCAUGGUUCCUUGCAGCAGUGGGUCCCCUUGUGUUGCUGUUUGCAGCGCUGCACAGCGUCUCCAGGGUCUUCAUCCGGGAACUGAAGCGUCUGGACAAUGUGACAAUGUCACCCUUCAUGUCCCACAUCACCUCCAGUGUCCAGGGCCUGACCACACUGCAGGCCUUCGACAGGGGCCGCGACUUCCUCAACAGGUACCAGGUUCUGCUGGACCAGAACCAGGCUCCAUUCUAUUUGUUCAGCUGCGCGAUGCGUUGGUUGGCAGUGCGUCUGGACAUCAUCAGCGUGGCUCUGAUCAGCCUCACCGCCCUCAUGAUAGUCCUGAUGCACGGACAGAUCCCUCCUGCCUACGCUGGCCUCGCCAUCUCCUACGCAGUCCAGUUGACAGGAUUGUUCCAGUUCACAGUGCGUUUGGCCUCUGAGACUGAAGCUCGCUUCACCGCGGUGGAGAGGAUCCAUCACUACAUCCAGUCCCUGACCCAGGAGGCCCCAGCUCGGGUCAAAGGUUGCGCCCCUCCGGCCGACUGGCCCCAGCAGGGGGAGGUGGUGCUCAGGGAGGUGGACAUGAGGUACCAGGAGAACCUCCCUCUGGUUCUCAACAGGAUCUCCUGCACUAUCCGGCCUAAAGAGAAGGUCGGCAUUGUUGGCAGAACCGGAUCAGGGAAGUCGUCCCUGGGUGUGGUUUUGUUCAGGUUGGUGGAGCGCUGUGGAGGCUCCAUCCUGAUCGACGGCAUUGACAUCAGCGACAUCGGACUGGCCGACCUCCGUAGCAAGCUGUCGAUCAUCCCGCAGGAUCCGGUUCUGUUCAGUGGGACAGUCAGGUUCAAUCUGGACCCCUUUAACCAGUAUGGCGAAGAGCAGAUCUGGGAUGCCCUGGAGAGAAGCCACAUGAAGGAGUGUGUGUCCCAGCUGCCCCUGAAGUUGGAGUCGGAGGUGGUGGAGAACGGAGAAAACUUCUCAGUGGGAGAGAGACAGCUGCUGUGUGUCGCCAGAGCUCUGCUGAGACAGUGCAAGGUCCUCAUCCUUGAUGAGGCGACGGCGGCCAUGGACGCAGAGACGGACGCUCUGAUCCAGGAGACCAUCAGGAGUUCGUUUCAGGACUGCACCACCCUGACCAUCGCCCACCGGCUCCACACCGUCCUCGCCUCAGACCGCAUCAUGGUGCUCAACCAGGGACAGGUGGUGGAGUUUGAUGAACCGUCCAAGCUGCUGGCCAAUGAGAACUCUCGGCUGUGCUCCAUGCUGGCCGCCGUGGAGAACAAGAUCUCCGUCCGAGGAUGAAGAGGAGGACGAAGACGGACAGACUGGCCGACUGUAAAUGUUUGUUUCACGGGACAGAGCUGAGGUCAGAGGUCUGACUCACUCGCAACACACUUUGACUUUUAACAACUGAUCUGAAGGUGCUGCAACUGUUCCUGUACUGUAAAGGUUAUUAAUCCACUGUAUAUACUGUCCGGUCACUCAUCAUCAUCAUCAUCAUCAUCAUCAUCAUCACACUGACUUACUGCUGCUGUUCUUCCACCAUGAGGACAUGUCCGUGUGACCUGAUGUGAAGCACGUCUGUGUUUGAAGGUCGUGAUGACCUGGCACCACCUGAUUGGACGUUUGCAGAGGGUCAGGAAGUCAAAGGUCGGACUCCAGUGGGAUUGUUUUUGUAAAAUAAUAAUAAUAACAAUAACAUCAAGCAGUUUACAGAGUCUUCAGACUGGUUUUUCACAGUGAGUUUUCCCUCACUGAGCAGUCGUCUCAGGCGGACUGUGGACUCAAAGUGUUUCCUCACAGUCACGUUCACUUUAUACUCUGAUGGAUUCGUUUUUUAAUGAGGGAUGUUGAAAGAGAAGAAGUUCGGUUUGCUGGGCGUAUUAUGAUAUUAAACAAAGUCAACGCCAGCUUGAAACACGAGACCUGACGCGCUGCCUUUCGGUUGGUGGGAUUUAUGAAUUGUACUUAUUGUUGCCUUUGACUCAGUCGUGAGAGCAGGACUGAGAGGCUGACAGGAAGUGCGGAGGCGACAGGUUACAGGAAGGACCACCGUGACGCCUGCCUCGACUUUUUCAAGUGCGGUAUGACCACGACAAAGACAACGUGGACGGAUUGUGAACGGAGCAAAAAUACCACCCAGCUGAGAGUCUCCAAGUGCAUGUAAAUAAGAUGAACGCAAUAAAAAGAAGGUUUGGUUUCUGUGAAUGUUGAUGUGGCUUCACUGGAAACAAUCACCUCAAGUGAAACCUCAGGUGCGUCCUGCAGGUGUGUACAUUUUUCUCUCUUUUCUUUUGAAAAUGUGACAAUUUCUUCCCGUCAGUCUGUUAGCUGCUGUUUGAAAGUGUUUCUGGUUUCGUGGUGUUGCUGCUGUAAAAAAGCCUCGUGUCGGACUGGACUCCAACGUCUCGCUUGUCCUCGUGUCUCUCAGAGGAACCUGAUGGACAAAACCGUCAGAGUAAAGGAAUGACAGAGCUGAACGCAGCUCAGCACAGAGGAAGUGAAAGGUUCAGUCAUGUGGUUUGUCACAUGACAGCAUCACUUUGUCUCGCGGCUCAGCGGGCGUCUGCUGUAUCGUCCUCACAGCCUUAUAGCAUGACUUCAUAACUGCCUUGUUCGCGGUGGGGGGGUCCUCUAGAAUGUUGUCAAUAAAGUUAUUUUAAAAUGAAACGUUUGUGUUAGCUGAUACAUAAUAAACAGCCCAACAGUUUGUGUCCUUCAUACACUGAAAACUUGUGUCUGGUUUCUUUAUUUAAACUUGCUCUCUUGAUCUGUGAGCUGCUGCUUUUGCGUUGAAGUAAAUGAAUGAAUGAGUAAGUGAAUCAGCUGAGUGCUGACCCUGAAUCAGCGUCUGUAUUGAUCUGUUGCUGCUGUCUUACAUUAGAAACUUCAGUUUGAAAAGUUACAAAGCAGACUUUCACUUACUGCAUUUUAUUUUUAAUAAUUAAUAUUAAUGUGAUAACCUUAGUGAAUAUAAUUCGGUUUAUCGUUAUUUAUUUGUUUUGCUUUGGGGGCCUAGGCUACUGAUCAAUGACUACAUUACAGCUGCUUAUUCAUUUUCUCUGAUUUGUUUUUAAUUGUAGUUUUUGUGUGAAGCACUUUGGUCAGAAUCUGUUCAAUAAAAAGCCUAACCA